UUGCCCAAUGCCCAUGCAGAGGAUUGAAUCACUUUUGUCGUUCCGCUGUGCUCCCGCCUUCCGCAUAUACCUCGAGGAGGAUGCGAAGAGUGCAACAUUUAUCGCCGGUGUUGAGCGUAUCUCACUUCCUUCCAGCUCCACAAGUCUCUGUAUCACCGUUAGCGUGGGCUCUGUCCACAUCACAGCAAACGUCCAUCUGAAUGCCACUGGCGUUCAAAUUGCUGUAGAUAUUAGUAAUCUUGAGGCUCAGAAGACUGCAUCCAGUACCCCUUCAUCUUCAAAGUCUAAGCCUGCAGCUUGGCACCAACGCGACGAUGCAGCUAAGUAUUAUAUCACUAGUCUGAGGUUUCGACGUUUCAACCUCGAGGUAUUGUUCAAAGACAAAGAAUCUUCGAAGUUUGCAUUGCCUGCAAUUUACUGGCCAGCAUCACCAACGACUACAAACGUGAAUGAGCAAGCACACCACAACAUCAAUCGUAGUCGCGAUAACAAAUCAACACAUCUAUACUGGGCGAAGCGCACUCAUGAGUCGACAAAGUAGGCACAAACUGAACAUUUUUAACAGUAUAUACUGACAUGAAUGCAUAUGCGUUGACGCCAGGUGCCGGUAUCGUUGACUAUCGUAUCUUGAGACAUCCGACAUUGAGAAAAGAACCUGGAAGUCAGACAUGAGCUUGUAUUAGCAUGUACAGCAAUCUAAGCAGGGUAUUGGGGCAUUCUUGAGUAGUGGAAUAGAUGGACCAAUGUACGCGACUUACCAAUUUGCAUAACUCGUCUAUUUUUUCUUGGCGGAGAGCAAGAAUCGAAUGCGAGGAUAUACCAAUUUGCGUAACUCGUCCUUUUUUUCUUGACGGAGAGAACAAGGAUUAAGUGCAAGAAUAUAAUAAUUUGCGUACCUCGUCAAUUUUUUCUUGGUGGAGAGAACGAGGAUUGAGUGCAGGGACGACAUAGACGAUGAGGCAAAUGGGAGGGAUGACGCACGCAGGGGCU